AUGGUUUGGGACCUCGAGUCUGGCGACAUACCUCAAGAGUACUUUGACGAGGACGAACGCCUGCGCUGCGUGGAGGGCCGGGAAGUUGUUCAGCUGUCAGGGCCCAGCAGACUCGGCUUGGGAUGGGUGUGGGAUCACGAAGAGAAAUUGCCGCAGGAUCAUGCAGAAGAACAACAGGAAUUCACAUGCCGCAGCGAAGAGGACGACGAAGAGGACGACGAAGAGGAGAAGGGAGAAGGGAAAACACAGCCAGGGGAAGAAGGAUCUGACAGCGAAGAAGACGAUAUGGAAUAUGAUGAAGGAGAAAAUGUUGGUGAAGAGGUGAGGGAGGAGCUUGCAUGGCUGGAGGCGCACAUCAGAAGACCUGAAUAG